CCAACAAUAUCCGUGCUCUAAAGAUGGCUGUUCGUGUUGCAGGAGUUGGUUGUGUUUCUGUCAGAUAUGAGUUCUCACUGUGUUAGAUGGUUACGUGCGAACAGACAAGGUGUUUAAAAGAUCAACCAAAUCACAGAACAUGACUGCUUCGUAGAGUUGCCAUGGCGUGGCAGAAUAUCCUCACAAUGUUACGUGACGACGCUCGCAAUCGGUAUUGGCCAUGAAAGGUGUGAUGUGCAGAAUUUACUUCAUAACGCGUAGCGUCUCUGAAGGAGCAUGUCAUGCGUGAAUAAAGCAGCUCCGAGAAACUGGACCGUUGGAAGAAGCAGCACUCACGCAAAGAACUCUGCCCAAUGCCACGACGAACCACGCAAAAGUGCAUUGCGACGCAAACAUGCACAUGCAGCGGAAAUGGCGGACCCCUUCAUGCUGCUUCUUGUGCCUCCUUCACAUGUUGGCCAUUUUAUUCAAUGUGCAAGCCUCACAUGCAUCACAGGGCGGAUACUCCUGCAGAGACAGUGGUGCAGUUCCACUGGUGCUGGAACAGUACACAACGAGCAUUGUGCAUAAUGAAUACAUAGUGAAGUUCAAGCACUACUACAAGAAGGAAACACGUGGCCACUACCUUUCAGCGGCUCUGUGUGGUGCAGGGGAGUGGCAAGUUGUCCCAAGGCUGAAUGCAGCCAGUGACUUCCCCAGUGACUUCGACGUUGUUUUGCUUAAGGCAAAUGGAUCCCGUGAUGCAUUGUCGGCUCUGAGAGAUCAUCCCCUGAUCAAGCAUGUUACGCCUCAGAGAAUGGUCACAAGAUCUCUGCUCACAUACAAUGUAUCAACUGACAGCGUGUGUGACGGGGCAAACUGCUGGCAUUCAUCCCGACCCUUCUCCAAGAGGAACAGCCUGUCUUGGGGAAAUUCGCUGUGGCAGACGUCGGAGCACCAUAAGCAGCGCAAGUUGAUGCGGUCUUUGCCCCGCCAGAUCACUUCAGCCCUUCAGGCAGAUAUGCUCUGGAAUAUGGGAAUCAAAGGUGGUGGCGUGAAAGUUGCAGUGUUCGAUACGGGGCUUCCACGGAACCAUCCUCACUUCAAGAGAGUCAAAGAACGCACCAACUGGACUAAUGAGAAGACGCUUGAUGAUGGAUUAGGUCAUGGCACCUUUGUUGCAGGAGUGAUCGCCAGUAAUCGAGACUGUCUGGGUUUUGCUCCAGAUUCCGAACUUCAUAUUUAUCGUGUCUUCACCAAAAACCAGAUCUCCUACACGUCAUGGUUCCUAGAUGCCUUUAACUAUGCCAUCCUGAGAAAAAUCAAUGUUCUUAACCUCAGUAUUGGCGGACCAGAUUUUAUGGAUCACCCAUUUGUAGAUAAGGUUUGGGAACUCACUGCCAACAAUGUGAUUAUGAUCUCAGCAAUAGGGAAUGACGGACCACUAUAUGGGACACUGAAUAAUCCAGGUGAUCAAAUGGAUGUCAUAGGUGUUGGAGGAAUCAAUUUUGAAGAUCAAAUUGCCAGGUUCUCCUCCAGGGGGAUGACCACAUGGGAGCUGCCUGGUGGCUAUGGACGUCUGAAACCAGAUGUUGUCACUUAUGGUUCUUCCGUUCGGGGCUCUGGUGUCUCUGGCUCUUGCCGGUCCCUGUCUGGAACUAGUGUGGCAUCACCCGUGGUGGCUGGUGCGGUUACCCUGCUCAUGAGUGGUGUCCUGCACAUGGGCAAUGCUGUUAACCCUGGCAGCAUGAAGCAGGCACUGAUGGAGUCUGCCAAAAGGCUUCCCAGUGUUCCCAUGUUUGAACAGGGCUGGGGCAAGCUGCAGCUUGUGGGGGCAUACCGGGCCCUGGCAGCAUACGUGCCUCAGGCAACUGCUUCCCCUCCCUACUUGGACCUGAGUGAGUGUCCAUACAUGUGGCCCUACUGCAGUCAGCCCCUCUAUCAUGGAGCCAUGCCAGUCAUCGCUAAUGUCACCAUUCUAAACGGAAUGGGAGUUUCUGGAAGGAUUGUUGGCAAACCGGAGUGGCAUCCCUACGUCCCAGAGAAUGGGCAGUUCCUGGAGUUAGCCUUUGCUCAUCCUGAGGUGCUUUGGCCCUGGUCAGGAUUCCUGGCCAUCCACUUCUCUGUGAGCGCUGAUGCAGCAGACUUUGAAGGGACAGCUCAGGGCCACGUGUCCCUCACUGUUGAAUCUCCACCUGGGGAUGGGGAGACAGAACAAAGAAGAUCAGAGAUCACUCUUCCCAUCAAGGCCAAGAUCAUCCCUACACCUCCUCGAAGCAAGCGUGUUCUUUGGGACCAGUACCACAAUGUCCGCUAUCCCCCCGGCUAUUUUCCAAGGGACAACCUGAAGACAAAAAGUGACCCCCUGGACUGGAGAGGUGACCACAUUCAUACCAACUUCAAGGAUAUGUACCAGCACUUACGCAACAGCGGCUACUACGUGGAAGUCCUUGGACACCCUUUCACCUGCUUUGAUGCCAAUAACUAUGGUACCUUACUCCUGGUGGACCCAGAAGAGGAAUACUUUCCAGAAGAGAUAGCGAAGUUGCGCAAGGACGUGGAGGCAACGGGACUGUCACUGGUAGUUUUUGCGGACUGGUACAACACUUCGGUCAUGCGCAAGGUCAAGUUCUUCGACGAAAAUACCCGCCAGUGGUGGGUACCUGACACUGGUGGGGCUAACGUGCCCGCCCUCAACGACCUCCUGGCAUCCUGGGAGAUCUCUUUAGGAGACGAAGUAUUUGAAGGAGACUUCUCUUUGGGCGACCACGAGAUGUACUAUGCAUCUGGUGCCAACAUUGUGCGCUUUCCAGAAAGUGGCUUGCUCAUCAGAAAAGCACUGAGUGACCAAGGGCAAGAAAUCUUAUCAGGAAAGGCUGACCGUGUAGAAGGGGUUCCCAUUCUAGGACUCCUACAGACAGGCCCGUCAUCGACAUCACCCAAGUCUGCAGGAAGAAUAGUCAUAUAUGGGGACUCAAAUUGCAUUGACACGGUGCACCUUACGAAAGACUGCUAUUGGCUCCUGAAUGCACUGCUACAGUAUUCAACAACAGGCUUCGUGGCACCAUUUCUCGAAGAACUUCGUGCACCCAAGAUCACAAGGCAGCUACCACUGCCGAAACGCAUGGAAGGAAACCGAUUGCAUCGCUACUCGAAGGUGCUGCAGGACAUUGUAGACUCUAGCAGGACCCGUGAGCUGCCACCUUGUCCCAUAUUCAAUUGGGCAGUUCCUGUGCCUCUCAACAAGUCUGCACCGAGCACACUGUGGAAAGCCCAGAAGCUGCUGUCCGUGGAUCAGCUGCCCCUGGUGGGUGUGGGAGACUCAGCAGGCAUGCCAAUGGGGGACUCGUUCCAACGCUCUGGGUGGGGGGUGGGGCGCCCUGCGGGUGAUGCUCCCAUGGCUCUCCCUCCACGGUGGAUGCUCCUCUCUGUGGGAGUGGUCUGCAUGCUGGCUCUCUGGGCGCUGUACGGCUGCCUCGCCUCACGAGCCAGGCGUGGAGGGACGCAGAAAAUACCGCCCCACAGUGGAGCGAGGCGCACGCACAGGCGUCUCUUUUCUAUCCCAAUGAGAAGACUACUCAGGGGGGUGUGACGACACGGAUGGGAGACUCGUAGUGGCUCACUUUUGUGUGAAACGGCUACCUGUCCGCCUCCUUGGUGUGUGUCCGAUAACUGUGGAUGUGCACAUGCCGCAGCUAGAUUUGCUUUAUUGCUGCUAGUAUAGAGAGUUGAAAGCCUCUUCACUACUACUUCACUUCAUUCGUUCAGCAAAAUGCAAUGAUGUAGCUGAAUCCCCAUUGUGUUGAUUCCAAGUAGCAUGGCACCUGUCAGCCUGCCUAAAUUCUUAGUGUCUUUAUCAGUGGAGAGAAGCAAAAUGGAGCUUCACUGAUCAAAGACAGAACCGCUAGCCAACAACAAUAUGACGUCUUGCAUUGCACAGGGACGAAAAUGACACAUAAGUUGCGGGAAAAAGGGAAAUAUGUGCUGCAUACACAGAUCUGGGGUUUAAUUGCAAUAGUGUGAGAGCAGGAGAGAGUGAGCAUAUGUGAUGCUAGCAAUUUGUGUUCUUUAUCGCCUGUGAAGCUGUGUAUUCUGUGAAAAUGUUUGCAAAUUUCAGAAAUACCAUGCUGAUAUUGUACAAGAUUCGCAGGAAAUUAGUGGAUUUCCUUAUGCACCAAAAGUAUUUGGUACUCAUGUACCUGUGUAGCAGACUGAUGUUGUUGAAAUGAUUUGAGCACAGAAUCUUUCGCGAAUCCGGAUAUGCUGCUAGCAGUUCAGUUUGCAGCAGUUGCAUAGGACUUGUGAAUGACAAGUCAAAUCAUGUGCCUUAUAGCUGCAGUAAAGCCGAUUGUCUUUUCUGGUGAAAGUAAAUGUCUGAACCUCACCAAGCAGUGGAAGUUAAGAAAGCUUCUCCCAAUUUUCUGAUAUCUGCACUGGAAUGUACAAGAAAGCAAAACUUUUUGCAAUUCAUGAAAAAUUAAUUCAUGCGCUGUAGAUGACAAAGGAUAUAGGAGAUAGACAAACGCUCCAUAGAACUAUAGUAUGCCCUGCAAUGCAUGCCCUCAGUCAAGCGCAAACCCCCUGAAGAGAGCCUUGUACAGUUCAGCAAUCAAGAACUUGUCCUGUUUACAUGUAGAUGUCACAGCACAGACCUUACAUACACUUUGGUCAUGUGAAGACAAUCAGACAAUGCCAGAAACAUAUAGACCAGUCCUGUGGGGCUGAUAACUCGGCAGCUACACUUAGAUAGGCCAUUUGAAAAAGUUUCAGGGAACAGUGCGCGCCCAGGCAGGGCAUGCCGGGAAAUGCUGUGCAAAACGACAGGAUUUGCUAUCAUCUCCGAUCAUCGUUGUACUUGUGUAUGCACAGUCGCUGUCGUUUUGCACACCAUUUCCCGGCAUUCCCUCCCAGGGCGUGCGCUGCAUCCUGGAACUUUUGCAAAUGGCCUACUUAGGGUCAAGUAGACGUCAUGGUGUCAUUCUUACACAAGUCUUUUUUGGUAAGGUUGUCGUUGCCAGGUACGUUGAAAACUUGUGCAAGUGGGAUCAUCUGCACAAUAUAAUUUUUUGUUUCCUGUAUACUUUAACUCGCCAGUGCUGACACACACAUGAGCAGUUUACUCAUUUAAUAGGCACUAAACUGGCAGAUUGUAAUAUGUCGCACUUUAUUUAGAAUACAUUAUCUUUGUCUGACUGUCAUCACUUCCAUUGCUCCAUGUAUCUGUAUUCAUUCAUUUUAUUGCUGGUCACAGUGAAAUGUUAUCAUCUUAAUUGCACAUGGUGUGACCGUGAAUAUGUGCUGUUUUGUUACGUAGCGGAUCACGUGCUCUGAAAUGCUUUUCUCUGGUUGUUGAGCAGUAAGUGCACAUUUACUAGCAGUGCUGUAUAGACAAUGCAGCACGUCAAGUACAAAAAACGGCCAUCUUCUCAAAGAGAUAAUGCUGCCCUGACAUUGCAAGCCAUGAGACAUUGUAAGGCAUCCGCGAACGACACACUUUUCGUGUAGUGCCAGGAGGAGCGAUGAGGUGCCUUCAAGCAUGAUUUGCAUAGAUUCACCAUGGAUUACUAACCAUCCCACCAAGGACUAACCAUGCCCCCAAUGGAAAUGGCUAACUCGAUGGUGGUGGAAACAGCAAAAUUAUCCAUCUUGCUCAGACAGAUUUCAAGCAGCACCAUAUGUUGCACAUGCAGGUUGAAAAACAGAGGCCAACAAAACAAAAGAGCUUUCAUGAUGACUACAAGGACAUUGUGAACGACGACCAGAGGUUCUUCAGAAGAAUUGCAGAUGGAGUUUUGGCCAACCAACACGUAACCUCAUUUCACAGUGAUGUGCAAAGUGUCCGCAUUGCGAAACAGGUGACUAACAGCGAUGCAAAAGGUGGCAGUGAUAUUGAACAGGCGUUCACCAUUGACAUUCACAGCGACAGUCGCAGUGAUAAUGUGGUUAGUACUGUAGUGACAGGUCAUGGAGAGGUUGAACGUAUGUCCAACGAUAAAGUGAAAAGUGAUAAUUAUGUGGAACAUGUGGUCGCUGUUGAAGGCCACAGUGACAGUCAUAAUGAAGAUGUGUUUAGUAACAAAGUGAACGGUCAUAGUGGGGUCGAACAAAUUUCUAACAAUGAAAUGGAAAGUGAUAGUGGUGUGGAACAUGUCCACGUAGAAGUUCAUAUGAGCAUAGACAUGCGGCAAAAUAUGCCGUCCAUCCACGAUGAACUGUAGUGUGAACGUGUCUCACAUUUUGUUCAUCAUUUCCAGGCUUGCAAGUACCUAUUAUUGAAUAUGCCCUAUAAUUUAUGUUUACAUAGCCAACACUUUAUACUAUUGUGUAAAUAACUUUACAAAGAGGGUUGCUGUCACUAUUUAGGAAAUAAAUUUUCAAUUAUCUUUC